AAUAACUCUGCUGAAUAAUGAUAAGCCUAUUUCAUGCUACACUGGUUUUUCAUUGGGAAAUUCGAUGCAGAUUCAAACCAUCUCUUGUUACUAAUGAUUAUGAAAACAGAAAAUUUCCUUUUUAUUCCUUUGUUUUAUGUUUAAAAUUAUGUAAUAUUUGUGUGAUUCUAAUUGGUUUACUUGUUAGGAAUUGAUAAAGAAUUAAAUUGAAAACGUAACAGCACUGACCUUUUCAAGAUGUUUGUAUUUAGUCAGAGUUUCUGGAAGUUCAGUUGAAAUUUUUCUCUUUGCAAGUGUCAUCACCAGACUCCACACAUGAAACUAGCAGCAAGUGGGCCGACAUUGUACUUUAUGUAACAGUGAAAGAUCGUCCAUUGGAGUUCUUACAGAGCAAACUUGAAAGGAGAAAAGGUCAAAGUUUAACUGUUGCCAGUACAAAAAGAAAAACAAAUAAAGAACGUAAGAGCAGAAUGAACUCUAAUAGGCAUCAGUUUGCUAGGGAAUGUCCGGAUGAUCCUCUAGACUGUAUCAAAGAAGUUUUCAGAAUCGCAAUGGAAGCCGCUAGGAAGCAGCAACAUCAGCACCCCCUCGUUGAGAGAAAGUCACCAGACCCAAGUAACUUUUCAGAGGCUACCCCCAGUGGAAAAGAUUUUGACCCAGGGACAACACGUGCAGCAUCUAAGCGUCGUUCUGAGGAUUCUGAUGAAACUUCAAGGAAAAAUUUUCGAAUGAUCUUGCCUUUGUUUCGAGCUGCGUCAAGGAACUAUCCUGUUGAGCGUACUCGAUUGCAUGAAGUAGCAGAAAAAGGGGAUGUAGACUCAGUGAGAGAUCUUCUAGUUGAAUGCGACUUCUUGAGCCGUUUCCGAGAUAAUCGUGGCCGAACACCCCUCCACAUUGCUCUGGAAAAUCAGAGAAAGGAUGCAGCAAGACUCCUCGUGGAUCCAUUCUGUGACAAUGACUUCCAGGAUGAAGAAGGAAGCACUCCCCUACAUCUCGCUGCAAGAAAUGGAUAUAUAGAAAUUAUUGGUAAGCUACUUGCCGGAGGUGUCAAUAUAAAUCUCCAAGAUAAGCUUGGCUACACGCCCCUCCACACUGCACUGAAUCAUCGAAACAAGGAUGCUGCGUCACUCCUCCUGGACGCAGGCUGUUCUAUUGACAAACAAGACAAAGUCGGGGACAGUCCUUUGCAUCUUGCUGCAAGGAAUGGAUAUGUAUGUAUAGUAAGGAGAUUGCUUGACAGAGGUGCAGAUGUCAAUCUGCAAAACCUUAAUGGUGGGACACCCAUCCACACUGCUUUACAUAUGAAGCAAGAGGAUGUUGCAAGACUCCUCAUGAAUUCAGGCUGUGCUAAUGACAUGAAAGAUGAUGAGGGGAACACCCCUCUACAUCUUGCUGCAGGUAAUGGAUAUGUAUGUAUAGUAAGGAGAUUGCUUGACAGAGGUGCAGAUGUCAAUCUGCAAAACCUUAAUGGUGGGACACCCAUCCACACUGCUUUACAUAUGAAGCAAGAGGAUGUUGCAAGACUCCUCAUGAAUUCAGGCUGUGCUAAUGACAUGAAAGAUGAUGAGGGGAACACCCCUCUACAUCUUGCUGCAAGUAAUGGAUGUGUAGAAAUCGUAAAAGAGCUGAUUGCCAGAGGAGCUAAUACUCAUAUCCGAAAUAUAUGUCGCCAUACUGCUCUACAGAUGGCUCUCAUGCGUAGGCAGGAGGGUGCAGCAGAAGUCGUCUUGGAUGCAGACUGCAAAUACAACAUUCAGAAUGAGUAUGGAGACAGUCCGUUGCAUUUUGCUGCCGAGUUUGGAUGUUUAAAAAUAAUCAGAAAGCUUGUUGCUGCCGGGGCAAAUACAGGCCUUCAAAAUAAAAAAGGAAUGACACCUCUCCACCAUGCUGUGUACCAGGGCGAAGAGGAUGCCGCAGAAAUCCUCUUGGAUGCGUGCUGCAGAAAUGAUAUUCAAGAUGAAAUUGGGGCGAGCCCCUUGCAUUAUGCUGCACAGUAUGGCUACCCUAAAACACUCAGGAAGAUGCUCAGCAGUGGCGCAGAUACGCGUCUCCAAGACAAGUGGGGCCGGACACCCCUCCAUGUUGCUUUGGAAGUGCGGCAGGAGGCAAUUGCAGAAAUUCUCAUUAAUGUGGAUGGCAAAAACGACAUUCAGGAUAUUGAUGGGAGGACACCCUUGUUUCUCGCCGCAGAGAAGGGGUACGUAGAAACGGUAAAAAAUCUUUUGUUGUGUGGUGUGUGCCCACUCAUUGAAGAUAACGAAGGAAAGUGUUCGCUGCAGAUGGCGCUGGAGAGCCGAAAGAGUGCAGUUGUGGAAAUAAUUCUGUCAGUCUAUGCCUGGAAAGACAUUGCAGUGAACUGGAAGGAACUAGAUCUUAAAACGGGUGACACAGAGCACUGGAUCAAAGUACUGUCCAAAUGUUAUGAAGAGAUCCAGCAGAUGAAGUACACCAAAGUGUGCGGAACGACUGUCAGCUACCACGACCUUGCAUCGCGACCCUUGUGCAAAGUUGCUCUGUGUCUCGAAAAUGAGUGUCUAAGAAAGAUUUUGGAGUGUGAUAGCACACCAUGGAACUUUCCGACCUACGGCGACUUAAUUGCUUUCAAAGUGAAGAAGGCUGAAUUGAGGAGGAUCCUGAAUAGUCAGUGUUUGGAGUGUUUCGACAAAUUGUCCAGAAAGUUGCCUUCUCUGCCGAGAAUAGUGGUUGACAUCAUUUUCCUUUGUCUGAGUAAUAGAGACAUGCAAAACUUUAUUAGUGCUUUCAAAUUUGAUACUUGAAUAUUCCAUUUGGAAUAAAUAAAAUAACCACCUUUAUCGGCGUAUCCCAUGGGUCUGAAAAAUACUGUGCUGAAUUUCAUAAAGUGGAAAUGAAAAAAAAAAACGCCAGACCAAAGCCAGGAUUCUAUGUUAAAUCUGCCCUUGCAACAGUUUUGACUCGCACUUAAGGGAUCCAUUUUGGUUUCGAAUAAAAAUAAUUUAGCCAAAUUUUCAGCUCUUUAUCUCAAACCACAUUCGAGUUUUUCAAAAAAAACCUGUUUUUUCGAUUUUAUUUAUUUUUUUAUAGUAAAAUUCAAAAUUAAUGAAUGGUAAUUUUUUUUCCUCUUUCUUAGGAAUAAAACACAUAAAAAAUUCUUAUAAUCAUAAUUUUUAAACGAAAAGCCAAUUUUUGACGACGGAAAUAAAACUUAAAUAUUUUUUUUCAAUGCUUUUCUGAAAAGUCACUCACCAAAUUUUUUCAGAAAAUGUCUUUUAUACUCCUCUACACUUAGGAAUAUUUUCGAAUUUUUUGAAGUGGUGGAACAAUGCGAAAAAAAAAAUAAAAGCGAUUUUUUUUUCAUAGUUUUGAGUUUAAACAAGUUCAAAUAUUUUUAUUGCCAAAAAAGUCAUUUGAACUUAAUCAGUAAAAAUCGUGUGCUCAGUAAAAAAGAAAAUGAAAGAUUUUUUUUUUUAAUUUUGAAAAUACUAUCUUACCAGAGAAAAACAUUAAGAAAACCAUAAAAAAACUAAGACAUAUCCUUCAUGAAGUUAUUAGGAAUGUGAAAAAAAUGAUUAGAGAGCUUUUAAAUAAAUAUUCUUUAAUGCUAAAUUGUACAUAAAACGGUUAUAUAAUUUGUCCAUGCUAUUGGAAAUAAUUCUUCAGCCUUGAUCCAAUAAGAACAAAAAUUUCGAGCGUUAAAAUAAAAUAAUUAUAAUUUAGACAGUGUUCAACAUAAUUAUGUUAAAUAACUGACAGUUGAUAUAAUAAUUUAUGAUGAUUUUUUAAGUGGGCAAUUCCACAAAAAUGUUAACCUUAGCACCGAAAUUUCAAUAUUAACAAAACUAUAAGUAUUAUAUGUCAUUUAAAAGCGUGAAAGAUAUAUUUAAAAAUAGUACCAAGUUAAAUUUUAAUUUAUAGUUUUUCGUAUUAAAACUAAGCCGUAACAGUUGUCUAUGUUCUUUCUGCUGCGGCAUCCAUGGCAACGAGCAAGCUGACUUGUUGGCUAAAGAGGCUUCAACAUUAAAUCCACCUUGCCUCCUGAUCCCUCUUCGAAACGCCAAUCGACAUCUCGGGAGCAAUAUGAGGCUCAAAAGAAUUUCAUCUCUCCGUGGCAUUGCCAGUGGAAAAUCUUGGGCGUGUCUUCUUGAAGACCAAACAAGACUGCAACUUUCCCUUUUCCCUAGAGUUGAAGGGGUUACAUCUUUUCGUCUCAUUACGGAUCACGACUACUUACAAGCCCAUCUUUUUAAAAUCGGACUGGCCAGUUCCCCGCUGUGCUGACUAUGUGAAGGGACUAAGCAAAUGACAGGGGAGCAUCUUUUUGAUUGCCCCGUUCUUCUAGACGUGCUGAAGGAUGUCGUCUUCAGGGAGCUUCUCUGUUCUGCUGCUGCAUCAUUGUUGUAUUGGACUGCAAGGCGCCUAUGUCCGAGAGGACAUUGGUGGGUGUGAAUUUAAAAAAAAAAUGUUCUUUCCUGAUUUUUUGGAGAGAACUUGGUAUGUAGUAAUCAACCUUAUUCCUAAAAAAAUUCUAACUAAAAGGAAAAAAAAAUGUUAGGGUAUUUUGUUAUACUCUUAAUGUAGUUUUAUACUGGAAGUUUAUAAUAAAAAAUAUCUUUAUAG